AAGUAGAACUCCACACUUUCUGUAAACAAAAUAGAAAGAGAAAAAUAAGAACACAGAAACUCAAUUUUCGCUAAAACCCCUUUCUCUCUCAUCCUCACCCCCAAAUUGAUCGCUAGGGUUUUUCUCAUCCCAGAAAAUCCCCAAAUUCAUCAAUGGAGAACGACGAAGAAACGAGUUCAGGUCAGAUGAUGGACGAGAUCUACGCCAACGGUGACGAUAAGCAGCCUCACAAACCAAUCAUAAGCAGCGGAGAACAACUCGACGUUGAAGCCUACGCUUUUCUCUACUCUGGUAGGACGAAGAUCAUGCGGCUAUUAUUCAUCGCUGAUCGAUGCGAUACUAACCCUUCGAUGCAACUCGAAGCCCUAAGAAUGGCGUAUGAUGAAAUCAAAAAGGGUGAGGAUACUCAGUUGUUCAAGGAAGCGGCGCAGAGGAUUGAUAAUCGAUUAGGGCCUAAUUAUGGCUACGAUUCUUCUUGGAUUGAGGCUGUUGAGCGUCGUGCUGAGCAGAGGAAGGAGAAGCUUGAUAAUGAACUCAAUGCUUAUAGGACAAAUUUGAUUAAAGAAAGCAUUAGGAUGGGAUACAAUGAUUUUGGCGAUUUCUAUUAUGCUCAUGGACAGUUUGGGGAUGCCUUCAAGAGUUAUGUUCGCACUCGUGAUUAUUGCACCACUGCAAAACAUAUUAUCACCAUGUGUUUAAAUGCGAUUCUUGUUAGUAUUGAGAUGGGUCAGUUUUCACAUGUUACCAGCUAUAUAAGCAAAGCAGAACAGACACCAGAGGCUCUAGACCCUGUCACUAUUGCAAAACUUCGUUGCGCAGCUGGAUUGGCUCACUUAGAGGCUAAAAAAUACAAACUUGCUGCCCGCAAGUUCUUAGAAGUUGGUCCUGAGUUGGGUAAUAAUUAUUCUGAAGUGAUUGCACCACAAGAUGUUGCAACCUAUGGUGGACUCUGUGCACUUGCUACAUUUGAUCGAACUGAACUCAAGAAUAAAGUUAUUGACAACCUCAACUACAGAAAUUUUUUGGAAUUGGUUCCAGAGAUUAGAGAGCUAAUCAAUGAUUUCUACUCAAGCCGUUAUGCAUCUUGCCUCGACUAUUUGGGAAAUCUCAAAGCCAAUCUUUUGCUUGACAUUCAUUUACAUGACCAUGUUGAGACUUUAUACCAAGAUAUUCGUCACAAAGCGCUCAUUCAAUAUACACUUCCUUUUGUGUCUGUGGAUCUGAACAUGAUGGCAAAUGCUUUCAAGACAAGUGUGUCAGGCUUACAGAAGGAGCUUGAGGCUUUGAUUACAAGCAACCAAAUACAGGCUAGGAUUGACUCCCAUAACAAAAUCUUGUAUGCACGUCAUGCAGACCAGAGAAAUGCUACUUUCCAACGUGUACUACAGACAGGCACUGAAUUUGAUCGGGACGUUAAGGCAAUGUUGCUCAGAGCAAAUAUAAUUAAGCAUGAAUUUAAUUUGAGGCAGACAAGAAAGAUAUGAUCUAGCGUUUUUCAACAUUUCUGGGGCCGUUAAUGAAGAAGUAUGGAAUACAGAAGCAUUUUUGAAGGGUAUUCAACAAUUGAGUUGAGAUGUUUCUGCUUUGCACAGUUCUUAUUUUGCUCAUUUUGUGCAUACUUGUACACUUAAAAUUUAGUAGGCGAAGUUUAGAUAUUUGCUGGCACCCACCCUUCUGUUUCCGAGAUCAGUAGGAUGAUAUUAUUAUGGAAAUAGAAGUGCUUAUUCAUGGAGAUCAUUUCUUUUGCUAUCUUUGAUUGAUUUCGUGGCAGCCACUUCGCCCACUAUACACUAUCUGUUUUGAACUGUCCGUUGGAUUAUAUAAAUGAGAAAAACUGUCUUAAUAGAUA